AUUGUGAAGUGUAGGCAGCUUGUGGGGUGGGUGGCCAUGGAACCGUGUGACAGAGAUUCUCUGACACAGGUUCGUAUCAGAGAAGAGAGGCUGCAAGCAGUUGGGGUAUUUCGAGGAGCAAGUAUGUCUGUCCUGUACCCAUCUCUGGAGGACCUGAAGGUGGGCCAAGUCAUCCAGGCCCAAGCCAGAGCCUCACCCAGGAUGCCCACUCCGUUGACCUCCAUGGCUUCUGCACCCCCACUUUCAGAGUUGUACCCAAAUUUGGCAGAACUGGAGAGUUACAUGGGGCUGUCCCUCUCUAGCCAAGAAGUCCAGAAGAGCCUGCCUCAGAUUCCAGAUGGUGGCAAUAUGAUGGUCACUAGCCCUGGGCCUGGCCAGGUAGUAGCACCAGUCUCUGGGAACAACCUGGGUGUGCUGCGUGCAGAGAUCAAGCCCGGAGUGCGUGAGAUUCAUCUGUGCAAGGACGAGCGUGGCAAGACUGGACUGCGUCUGCAGACUGUUGACAAGGGGCUCUUUGUGCAGCUGGUUCAGGCCAAUACCCCUGCGUCCCUCGUGGGGCUGCGCUUUGGGGACCAGAUCCUGCAGAUCGAUGGGUGUGACUGUGCUGGGUGGAGCACACACAAAGCCCACAAAGUGCUGAAGAAGGCAUCGGCCGAGAAGAUCGUCAUGAUUGUUCGGGACAGGCCAUUCCAGAGGACUGUCACUAUGCACAAGGACAGCUCAGGCCAAGUUGGCUUUUUCAUCAAGAAGGGGAAGAUUGUAUCUGUGGUAAAGGGAAGCUCCGCCGCCCGGAAUGGACUUCUCACCAACCACUAUGUGUGUGAGGUGAACGGACAGAACGUCAUUGGGCUGAAGGACAAAAAGAUUACAGAGAUCCUGACCACAGCUGGAAACGUCAUCACAUUGACCCUCAUUCCUACUGUGAUCUAUGAGCAUAUGGUCAAAAAGUUGUCCCCGUUGCUGCUGCAGCACACCAUGGACCACUCCAUUCCAGACAUCUGAAGUCACAGGGCAGCCCAGGCCUCCCGCCAUUCUGCAGUGAAGAUGGCGAUCCUCAGACAACAGUUACAGAUGGCUUGCUACUUGGGUCUGGGCAUUGCAUGGGCAUGUCUCAGGUGGAUACAUGCUGGAUGAGUCUGCCAUUGCUGUUUCCAGGCCUCCUUGGAUCCUGACUCCUAGCUAUGCUGAGGCACAAGUGUGACGCAGGCACUUGGUUCUCUGUGCCCCAGAUGCUGGGCACUUAGGCAGAACAGCAGAAUGUCACCGAGUGCUGCUGGGUCCCUUUGUAGACUUUUGCCUCUUCUAGAAGUCAGCCACUUGACAGAGGAGUUCCCUGUGUGUUGCCUUCAUUGAUCUUUAUCACAGAUGUGUAUAGAUCACUUGUGUAACCCUUGACUGUCUGUAGGUUAGUUGUGACCUUUGACUGUCUUUUAAACACAGUAACUUCCAUUAAAGUUCC